AUGGCUACAGUAGAAUUCGAAAAUGUACUAGACCCGCAGUACAGUCGCUACAUCAAUCUAAGGGAAGAGCUCGAGGCAUAUCUCACCGAGAAAUACGGAGAAGGAAUAGACUUCAAAGUUUUUCAUGAAAGCGACAGAUGGUCUUUCGUUACCCCACAGAAAUUGACGAAGAAAGAAGUCAAAACUUUGACCAGCGAUAUCAUGACCAAGAGAGAAAAGAAGGAGAAAGAGAAACAAAAUGAGGCUUCGAGCUGA